GGAAUCGUGGGCGAGAUUUCAUGACGAACUGAAGUGAAGAGGUCAAGUGCGAAGUCGUCACCAACGACAGCUUCUUGCAGCCCAAAGCCACAAAGUUCCUGGCAUGUCUUCAGUUGUACGUAGUUUCAUCUUGUAAACGAGUUUCUGUACUCCUACUAGUGGAGUUAGUUGGUCUUGUUUUUGGGUCUAACAGUUAGAGAUUUACGGUAGUUCCGAAGUUCCGCUCAUCUUCUGUUGUUUCCCGUCGAACCCGACCUCUUCGCGAAUUCACUGCAGUCAGAGUCUGCUUGGAUUUGAGUGCUGGUAUUCUGGGCUUGCAUGCUACACACCUAUCCUGGAAAAAAUGGCCAAGUAUUGCAAGUGCAUGUAUGACUAUGAUGCGGGGGAUGAUGACGAGCUGACAUUUGUCGAAGGAGACAUCAUACAAGUCAGUGAUGAUAAGGAAGAAGGCUGGUGGACAGGUACACUCAAGGGCAAAAAGGGAACUUUCCCCAGCAAUUUCGUUGAGAAGAUCAGUGAAGAAGAAGGACGUUCUGCUCUUGGCCUGCCUACCCUUAAUCCACCCAUUAUCCGUAAGAAGCCGGGAUCAAUACGUUCGCUCAGCCCAGCCAAGGAAACGGCGACAGCUGAAUAUGACUAUGAGGCCCAGGACGAUGACGAAGUAUCCUUCAGCGAGGGCGACAAGGUAGAAAUCCUCGACAAGAAACCUGGCACCGAAGGUUGGUGGAAGGUGAAGCACAGCAAUGGCAAGGUUGGACUUGUUCCCGAUAACUUCUUCAUCAUCACACCAUCAUCAAGAUCACCCAGGCUCAGUGCUAGCGGGCCCUCUCAAACAUCUCCAGCUAAAUCCCCUCCCAGUGAUGGCAAUGCUCAGGCUACUAUUACCAAAGCAGCUGCCAAUAUUCGGAAAAACAUGGCCAGCGGUGCUACACCUCUCUCUACAGGUACUCCACCUGCCUCCACUACAAGUGCUUCUCCAAGUGUGUCUGCCGGUGUCAAAGCGAAGCCAGCUGAGUCUCCAGCAACACAGACACCAGCUCAAUCUGCCCCAACAACUGAUUGGAGAGCGAACCUCAAGAAGAGAACAGGCAACAAGCCGGUUGGAGGAACACAACCAGCUGAGAAGCCAGAGGACACCACACCUUCCUGGAUGAAAAGGAAGAGAGAACUUGAGGACGAACAUGAGAAGGAGAAGGAAAAGGAAGAUGAAAAGGAAAAGGACGGGCGACAAUUCCCGGGUCCAUCUGUGCUUAGUCGCACUCGUAUGGGUGCUGGUGGUGUUGGUACCGGUGCUGGUGUUGGUACUGUUGGUGCCGGUGCUGGUGCCGGUGCUGGUGGUGCUGGUGGUGCCGGUGCCGGUGCCGGUGCUGGUGGUGCCGGUGCUGGUGGUGCCUCUGUCAAUAAACCAGCCAAGCCGGGUCCGUCAAGGGGGGUCUCGCCCGGGCCCGGACCAGCCUUUUCCUUCAUCCCACCCCCUCCAGCAGGAACACAGGCAGCAGCUAAACCAGCGCCAGUUGAGGGCACAAAGGUAGUCGUGACACCAAGAUUUGGAGCCUCUCCACCAUGCCGUAAAGAUAGCGCUGGUGCCGGCAGUAUCAACGCUGGUGUGAAUAGUGCGGGCACUAGUCCUACAGGUAUCAGUGUUCCGAUCACGGGCGCUUCGGAUGCCGAAACUGACAAGCAGGUGAAGAAGCUCAUGGAUCAAGUUGCUGACCUGCAAAAGCAGGUUGCAGUUGUCGGUGACUUGCAGAAGCAAGUCAACGCUCUUUCAGUCCAGCAAGGUCAGGUGGCUGACAUGUCAGAGGUUCAGAAGCAAGUCGCAGGAAUAGCAGAUCUGCAGAAACAAGUCACUACGAUGGCCACAGCAAUGAAGAGCAUGCAAAGCACCAUCCAUGGCCUGGAGAGUGAAGUGGAUAGUGAGAAGAAGCUACGCAGCUCGUGCGAAGUGGAGCUGCAGCGCAUCCGCAAGAAGCUCAACAGCAAAGAGCUGGAUGAUGUUUGCUAACCUAGGCUUCUGCCGGAUACAAAGCUGUAUGCGACUUGAUGCAUGCAGUUUCAUUGGUGCAACGCUAGGUGAUUAGAGAGCCAGGUAGGCUUGUUACACGCAGUGAUCCAUGCCUUGAUUGCUAUCCAUUGCUGACAUAUUGGAAUGAUAUUUUUUAAUUUAUGCUUCUAGUAUUUUAACCACAUUUUCCGUGUGUGUGUUGUCUGCAUUGACGUGCGUGUCUCUGAUACUUCUCAAUCCUCAUGCAGUUUUGUUGGUCUCUCCCGUGUAAAGUUGUUUGUGUAUGUCCAGUACUUUCAUCUUCUUUACCAUCUGAAUAUUUACCUGUGCUUUUUGGGGCGCAAAAAAUGCAAAGCGCAGCUCUAUGUACACACACCCCAGUGGUUGUUGGACUUGAGUGCAUUUACCCAAUACUCAAAAAUACUGAUUAUUUAUCUUUUCCGGGAUUACCAAUAUGUAUCACUAUUAACGAUUACUUCCAUUUCUAGUCGACCAACUGUCCCAAUUUGACUUUACUGUUUACAAUGCUGCAGUGUGAUCCCGCACCUGCUGUUCUGUUUGCUUUCCACAUACAGCACUCGUGCAGCUAGCGCGUUACUCUUGUUUUUGUGUCAUGCUCGAAUGCUCUGGGAAUAGUCACCACUCGCAUACUUUUCUUUUCCAUGUCACCCCUGGGUGCAGCUUUCAUUUUCUCUGUGAUGGCACCCCUACAUCCUGAAAGAAAACAAGUGAUAGCGUCUUGUUCAGUAAUGAAAUAAAGCUAAUCGUGCCCCAUAUCGUGUACCUCCCUUUAGACUCCCAUAAGUGGUAUGGGUCCUUGUCCUGCCUGGUGGUUUCUCCGCCUCUGCACGCUCCAUGCAUAGUUCGCGCCUACUGCGCAUGCCCAUCCAGUGAUGUAAUUCUUAUCACUCGCUCUUCCCAUGCAUGCCCUGCAUUGAUAACUCACACCUCCUCUACAUGCCCAUGCGUAUCCCCCACAAUAAGAACAAGCUAUCCCGCGACAAAAGCAUUAGUUGUCUGAUGAUUG